AUGGAACGAAGUAAUUUUAGAUUACGUGCAAUUUUACUUGACAUCGAUCAACAAUUAACUAAUGAUGAACGUAAAAGACUUUCGUUUCUUAUUGGUUGUGAAGAUGCUCCACGUCGACUUAUCGAUACUGUUGCUAAAGAUGGUUCAGCAUCGAUGACUGACAUAUGGGAAGCAUUAUUUGAUCGAAGAAAAAUUACUGCUGAUAAUGUCAAUUAUCUUAUUGAACGUCUUGAAAAAAUUCAACGCCUUGAUUUGGUACAAUUGCUUAAAAAAUAUAGUCCAGUACCAUUUUCAUUAUCAGCUACACCAACAGCAGAAAACAGAAAUGAACUAGAGCAACGUGCAGCUAUGUCGAAUCUAUUUAAUCGUACUGAUCCGCAGAACUAUUCUUAA